AUGAAUCGCGUAAAGCUCCCAGUGACUUAUCAAUUCAAUCUCAGUCCUCAGCAGCAACUCAUCAACAUGGCCCUACCGUUCAACCGUGAAGAAGCUAUCAAGCGGUGUCAAGAUGUCUUCCAUAUCACCCCUAAAGACUUGCAGCUGGAUGUCGUCGAAUGCAUCGGUACCGGUCGGGACUGUAUUCUGAUUGCUGGAUGCGGCUGGGGCAAGUCCCUUGUAUAUUUUCUACCGACGGUGCUCUGGACCGAUCGGAUCAUCGUUGUAAUAUCACCUCUGAGGGCUUUGAUACAAGAACAGCAGCUGAAACUUGCAAGCUUGGGCAUCCGCAGCACGGCCCUCAUGGGCGGAGACAUCACCGGGAUUGACUCUGGAGUGGCCGCAGGAUUGUAUAGGGUUAUUUUUAUGACACCAGAAAUCAUUUUUGAGAACAAGCGCGUGCAGGAACUCUGGUUCGACAAGAGAUGGCGAAUGCGACUGCAAGCCGUUGUCCUGGACGAGGCUCAUUGUGUCACCUCUUGGGGUACCACUUUCAGAAAGCUAUAUGGCCGCCUUGGAGAACUCCGGACGUGGGUGCUUCCCAGCGUGGCGUUCAUUGCUGUAUCGGCCACUCUUCCGCCCCAAGCCCUUGCAGAUCUCAAACACAGGAUCCAUUUCAAGGGCUCUACAUCUGUCAUCAAUGUUGGUAACGAUCGCCCUAAUAUACGACUGGAAGUGCGACACUUCAAGCCAAACAACAAGCUGAGGCAUCUUGAUUUUCUUAUGGACUUCCAAAAGACCAUUGUUUAUUUUGAAAGCCGGAAUGAGACCGUUACGGCUAUGAGGUACUUGCAAGGGUUGGUGACCGAUGUCAACGAUAGCAGGAUUGCCUCCUGUCUGGGGUCGGAGCGCACUCAGGAAGCUUUGGAAUCCUCGGCCACAAAGAAGGACAUCACCCUCUAUCAUGCACUCAUGUCCGAGGACUACAAGCGGAAGACCAUGGAGGCAUUCAGGCAAGGCAACAUUCGCUUGUUGCUAUCUACAGAAGCCGCUGGAAUGGGAUGUGAUAUCAACGACGUCGACCGUGUCGUUCAGGUCAGGUGCCCCACUAGCAUUUCAUCCCUUGUGCAGCGUCUUGGUCGUGCAGCUCGUGAUCCGAAACGUCAGGGGCUCGGUAUUUUAUUGGUACCACCACCAUCCGAUGAGACCAAGUACGCCGACGAGCAUCUCAAGGAGUACAUCGUCACUCAAAAAUGUCGCAGAAAAGUCCUCAAUGACGUCUAUGGCAAUGUGCAUCAUCCGAACGAGAAUUGCUGCGAUCUUUGUCACCCUACACGGAAAUCUUCAUAUCCGCAGGGGCAGAUCUCCUUCACAAAAGUGCUCACCGCUGUCACCUUGACAACCGCUUACAUACCAAAAACUCGAGUCCCCAAGCGCACGUUUGAGCAGAAUGAGCUGGCCAAGGAAGCACUGCGGAACUGGAGAGCAAUGGCAUUUGUGCGCGAUUUGGCACCACUCUGUGAUUCCUUUGAGCCGCGCUGCGUAAUGACGGACAAUAUGAUCCAGGUGCUUGGGGAGAAUUUCGCAAAAAUCACAACACCCGCAGAUAUUCGUUCUAUCAUCACUUGGACACCUGUGGUUGAGCUACAACGGCAGGAAGUAGCCGAUAUUCUCAUCAGACUGAACAAGGAUAUUGACAUGGCAAGUGCACAGCCGCCACAGGAAGCGGGCCAGUUCAUUGACGCCUACAUCAAAACGACCGAGUUUAUUCAAGAAUAG